AUGCCAGAUCCGGAAAAUGUAUCAGCUGAAUUACAGUUGGAAAUUAUUGAAAUGCAAUGCAGUACCCAUUUAAAGCAAUUAUUCUUGAAUUCCACAAAACUAGAUUAUUAUAGACCACUACCGAAAGCUGAAUUCCCAAAGAUCAUUGCUCACGCCCAGAAAGUUAUGGCGAUGUUUGCGUCGUCUUAUGUGUGCGAACAGACUUUUUCAACUAACAAAUGGCGGAAAAACUCAAUCAGAAACCGAUUGACUGAUGAACAGCUUUUCGCACUGCUGAAAGUUGCUUCUUCACAACUGGAACCUGUUUUCGAAAAUAUUAUGGAAAAUGAAAAACAAUUCCAAAUGUCUCACACUCCUAACAAGGCAGAGCCUUCGAAUAAAAGUUAA